AUGACCGAGGACAAAACGAAACGGCUUGGAAGAUGGUAUUUCGGAGGAGUUGCCGGAGCGAUGGCUGCUGUUUGUACUCACCCACUUGAUCUCUUGAAAGUUCAACUUCAAACCCAACAACAAGGAAAGCUCACUAUUGGACAACUGUCUCUAAAAAUCUACAAGAACGACGGAUUCUUUGCGUUCUACAACGGAGUAUCCGCAUCGGUGCUUCGUCAGCUCACCUACUCGACGACACGAUUUGGAAUUUAUGAGACGGUUAAGAAGCAGCUCCCUCAAGAUCAACCUCUUCCUUUCUACCAAAAAGCUUUGCUCGCCGGUUUUGCUGGAGCGUGCGGAGGAAUGGUCGGUACGCCAGGAGAUUUGGUGAACGUCAGAAUGCAAAACGACUCCAAGCUGCCACCAGCGGAGCGUAGAAACUACAAGCACGCCUUGGAUGGACUGGUUAGAAUCACCAGAGAAGAGGGAUUCAUGAAAAUGUUCAAUGGUUGCACUAUGGCUACAUCUCGUGCUAUCCUCAUGACCAUCGGACAACUCUCGUUUUACGAUCAAAUCAAGCAGACUCUCAUUUCUUCUGGAGUCGCUGAGGAUAACUUGCAGACUCAUUUCGCCAGUUCCAUCAGUGCGGCAAGUGUUGCGACUGUCAUGACUCAACCAUUGGAUGUGAUGAAGACCCGAAUGAUGAAUGCCGCCCCCGGAGAGUUCAAGGGAAUCCUUGACUGUUUCAUGUUCACUGCCAAACUCGGCCCAAUGGGUUUCUUCAAGGGAUUUAUUCCGGCGUGGGCUCGUCUCGCUCCACAUACCGUUCUCACAUUUAUCUUCUUUGAACAGCUUAGACUGAACUUUGGAUACUCUCCAUUGCCAAAGGCAUCAAACUAG